GCGCUAUGCGCUCGGUGCUGGCCCUGCUGCCGCUGCUGCUUGCCGCCGCAGUGCCGGCAGCGCGGGGCCGCACCCACAACAGCAGCGCUCCCCUUGCGCCGCGAAGCGACGGGAAUGCGGCCGAGGAGCAGAGAGGUGCGGAGGAGGCAGCGCAGCUGGACGAGCGGGAGCUGCAGCACAAGUGGACGGAGGAGGGCGCCCAGAACAGCAAGGGGCAGGCGGAGCGCAUCCAGACAAGGGACCGGAUGCUGAAGGCGGCCGGGGUCUUCGCCGUGCUGGGGGCCGUGUUCCUCGUCUGGGGGGCGGUGGGCCUGUACGCCGCGGCCAAGCCGCCGCCCAGCGCGGUCAGCCCCUGCGUCGACGACGCGCCCCGCUCCGACGACGACGUGGGCCUCAUGAUCAGCCCCCGCUCCAACUUCUCCAAGGUGGCGCUGGACGGGGACGGCGACGUGCGGGUCGAGGCCCUGAGCCCGCGCGACCGGAGCCAGUCCUUCCUCGGCUUCUUCCGCGCCCGCAUGGCGCGGCCCUCGCUGCCCCGCGCGCCAGGCUUCCUCCGCUCGCCCCGGGGCGGGACCGCGGGCAACUGA